AUGGACAUGUUAGUAGACUUGUAUAAGCAUAAAUGCAGUUCACGAUACAGUGAAGACUUUGUGCUACAGCUGGAAAAAGAGCUGGUCCAAGCCAGGCUGAGUGAAGCAGAAUCCCAUUGUGCCCUGAAGGAGAUGCAAGAUAAAGUUCUAGAGAUGGAAAAGAGGAACAGCUCUCUCCCUGAUGAGGAAAAUCUUGCUAGACUACAAGAAGAACUGAUUGCAGUAAAAUUAAGAGAAGCAGAAGCUCUGACAGGUCUCAAAGAACUACGGCAGCAAGUCAAAGAUUUGGAGGAACACUGGCAGCGUCAUCUAGCUCGUACCACUGGGAGAUGGAAAGAUCCUCCCAGAAAAAACACAGUGAAUGAGCUACAGGAUGAGCUGAUGACAGUCCGAUUGAGAGAAGCAGAAACUCAGGCUGAACUGAAAGAGACCAAACAAAGAAUGAUGGAGAUGGAAACACAGAAUCAGAUCAAUAGUAACCAUUUACGAAGGGCAGAGCAAGAGGUUACCAACCUACAGGGGAAGGUACAGUAUCUUUCUGCACAGAACAAAGGACUUCUUGCUCAGUUGAAUGAAGCAAAACGUAGACAAGCAGAGAUUGAAUGCAAGAGUAAAGAAGAAGUGAUGGCAGUACGGCUCCGUGAGGCAGACCGCAUUGCAGCUGUGGCCGAACUCCAACAGCACAUUGCUGAAUUAGAAAUCCAGAAAGAAGAAGGAAAAAUUCAAGGGCAGCUUAAUAAAUCUGAUUCUAACCAGUAUAUCAGAGAACUGAAAGAUCAGAUAGCUGAGCUGCAUCAUGAGAUCAAAUGUCUAAAAGGCCAGAGAGACUUCUCAGACCAACCCACUUUUGAUGGGAUUCACAUUGUCAGCCAUUUCACAGGAGAUGAUGAAUCAUUUCAUUCUUCUGAUGAAGAUUUUAUAACUAACUCCAUACAGGAGAGUGGAGUGAACUUUCAUCUACAUGGGAGGACUGGUCAGAUGGCUUUGGAUCACACAGUUGUAGACAGCAGUGACAGUGAUACUGAGGAAAGCGCCCUUCAGACUGGGAAUUCAGACAAGAUGGUUUCCAGGCAGAGAAGAAUGGAAUCAUACUCUACUACUGUGUGA